UGCACAUCGUUGGCGGAGGUGAAAAUCAGCGGAGCUGGUCUGCUCGCAUUCGGGCAUGCCGCAGACUCAAGACCUUGAUCACGUUCGCGCUUGGCAUGUACGAAACCAAAUUCUAUCUCGGCCCAGUCUUUCGCGCCUAAGUCGAAUGCGGCGGAUCAGAUGAGGCUCAUAUCCUAAGAUGGGGAUCAAACUGCAAAUCUUGCGGUGCCGUACAGAGAAGUAUACAAAUCAGAUCGGUCAGCGAUGGGAAUUUCCCGUAUUGCUGCCCGAACAGCCGCACGAUGCCCUUUCUAUCCGCUCAGAGCGCUGCGACCUCAUUGCGAGACGACGACGAUAGGACCUGCUCAAAUAUUGGUGGCCGUCAUUGGCAAAGUAGAGGACUCGGGCACGCUCUUCACAGCGACGGUGCCCGUCCGCCCAAAUACUGCUUUCUAUUGUCAGAGCUGACAUGUCACACUUUGGCGGCAUGCCAAUAUUCUCAGUCAUCAUUGAAGCAACAGCACGUGGUCAGACAUUUGUAUCGACCGAGAGGAUCGUGUCCGCACGUCUUAGAUGGAGAGGCGAUCAGAUUGCAACCUGGCCGCAAGAAGAGCAAAUGUGCUGCGCUGCACUGCAGUUCUGCAAGUCAAUAUAGCUCUCGGUGUCUUUCAGAACAGCUUUCGAAGAUUCAGGCCGUUGCACGGGCUGGACGUGUUCGUCGCUUGUCUGCCGAUUCAGUAGGGAAUGCCUUCGGAGCUGUCACGUCCUGAGGUCAUAUGCAUGUGAGCUGGCAAUUGCCCGUAGCGAUUGCUCAAAAGCGUACAACCAGAGCGGCGAAUAUGCAUGCGAAGACGUGUCGACGCUG